AUGAGUAAUUUAUUUUUUUUAUUUGCCUCGGCCAACCAUCAUAUUUAUCAAAAAGUGAAGAGAAAGGAGAAUGAGGAAGACUUUGAAGAAUUCAGAAAGCAGUUGCGCGAUUCUCUAUUAUCGGCAACUGCCAAAGACAGCGAAGACGAAGAAGAGUCUGAGAAAGAGGAUGUUCACCAGCAGGAAGCGGAGAAUCAAUCUUAUUCUAUGAAUGAUGAUGAUGAUGAUGCUGACGACUAUAUUUUACCUCCUGGCUUUACUGGCCCUAAUAAGCCUAAGCGCAAUUGGCAAAAGAUCAUGAAUGGACUUAAAUUACAUCCGUUGGGGGAAGUCUUAGCCAAGGUCUGUUCACAAUAA